AUUACUCUGACAUUUAUUUGAAGUCAACGCGACAGUUUAAAAAAUUGCUCGUAACUUGGACUUGGAAAUAACGUUAGUGAAACAUUAAUUUUCUGUUUAUUACAAUAUUAUGACUUUGAUCAGACAAUAAGUAAUAAAAUCACUACAACGAGUCCUAUUUUUAUAAUAUAUUCUUGUAAUGUAAAUAAAAGGUAGUUUCCUGUCGGUCACCUGGCCUUCGCUUCUCCUCGAUUCAAGGAGACACUUUUCAAAUAAGUUUAUCUUGGUUUAUCUUGGCGAAAAAUUGUCGACGAUAAGGCGAUAAUGGGACUUGCCUAUAAUUUUAUGCCGCGUAAAACGCUCCUAAGCCGAUACAACGUGUGCGUCGUAAUGAACAAACGAUAUUUCUAAGCGACCCGACCGUGUACGUACGACUUUAUCAAGCGGUCGCGUCGUCAAACAUUCGUAGUCAUCAAGCAACUACGUACACACAAUAAAGUACCGGCGACAAUCGCGAUUUUUUUUUCGCGUUCCCAGCAAUUCCACGGUGGUAUCAAGAUAACAACUCGUUACAUCCUCGUCGGCGAAGAUAUAUAGUCGUUCGCGGAAAAAUGCGCGAGAUACUCUCGAACGGCUCGUCCGAGUAAGCUGAUCGCUUCUGCUUUCCGCACGUCGAUCGUGAAAGACAGCAAUUUUCGAAGACCGCUCCAGGAUGCCCGUCUGCCUCGGCACCGAUCCCACCGGCACCGAGUACAGAAUCCUCAGCGGGGACCGGCUGGAGGACGCGCUCGCCGUGCAGCAGAUGUCGAUGCAUCACGAGUGCGUCGCAAUCGGCAUGGGCAUGUACGAGGAACCUGGUGCGGCCGAGGAGAUGAAGCUCGUGCUCAGGGAGGUCGCCAAGGACGGUUGCACCGUGAUCGCGGUCGAUCGGUCGGACCGUGUCGUCGCCGUCGCGUUCAACAAGUUGUGUGUGCCGACCAAGCCGGGAGAGACGGAUCCCUUGCAAGUUUUCAUAAACAACAACAUCAAGCAUCGCCCGUGUCGGGAUUUUUUUGAUUUCUUGGGCGACGUGGAGUCGCGCGUGGACAUCUUCCAGAGGUACAACGCGCGCGGCGCCAUGGAGAUCUUCUAUUUAGGCACGGAUCCGCGAUAUCGAGGUCGCGGGAUCGGCCAGCAGAUCGUGAACAUGAGCCUCACGUUGGCGCGAGGGUUGCACGCGAGGAAGCUGAAGCAGAUCUGUGUCGGCAAGAGCCCGAUCGUCAAUGAGCACGUGCGGCCGGAAGUGAUCUUCGCCGCCGUCGCGUCCACCAUCAGCCAGCGAAUCGCGGAGAAGCUGAACUUCGAGACCCUCUUCGAGGCGCGUUACGAGGAUUACGUGCGCGGCGGGAAGAAGAUGUCGGAGAGGAUAGGCCCGCGGCAUCAGACGAUCCGAUUGGUCGCUCACAAGCUUUAACGUGAGAGAAAGAGAGAGAGAGAGAGAGAGAGAGAAACAUCCGAGAUUUCUAUAUCGGAUCUCACACAGGGUGUCGUCAAACUAAUCUUGAUUCCCAAGUAGAACGGCAGUGAAACUCAGGCGAAAAGUCUUAUAUCAUCUUGCAGAUAACGCGCAAAAUUGCGAGUUAUCGAUGAUUGAAAUUGGCCACGUAUAGAGGCUUCUUUAAUAAAUAACUCGACAAUUUGCGUGUUGUAUCUGCAAAAUGGUAUAGAAUUUUUCCGCUCAGUUUCAUCCGUUCGAAUCGGAUCUAUACACAAGCUGUUCGACAAAGUUACAAAAUGAGCUUUUUCAUUGUCUCGAGGAACGACUCAACAAUUUUGCGCACCAUAAGGUUAUAAUUUACGCAGUAUAACACAGAGUAUUAUGUAAUAAAUAAUAUAUCAUAUUGUAUGCGUGUAAGAUAUCGUACGAAGAAAUAUAAUUGCCGAUUAUACGGUAAAUUUACACGGA